AUGCCGAAUAACGUCGGAACCGUCCUUUACACCGCCAAAGAUCGGACAAGGACAAACUGGAGCAUAGAUGAACUAGCUCUGAUUCACGCUAGGAUAUACGCACAAAAGCUGCUCCCGCCGAUGAACACAGGAGUCGUUGUCAACGAAGCUUACGUAAAGACGUUACUGGUCUACUUCAAAGAAAUAUAUAAAACGGUCAAAAUUGAAAGCCCCGAUGCUAGGAUCGGUGAUAUAAUGACCGCCGCCGUUUCGGACGCUUUAGGUGGCUUUGUGAAAUCGUGGGUUUUGCCGGUAACUAAGUUCGCCUUCUACGGCGGCACCGUGUCAAAGGACAGCGCUCAAAGGGUGGUCAAUUUCUACAACGACGUCAAGAAGUUCCUCAGCUCCGAUGGCAGUGGUUGGCGGGCGCCGGACCUUAAAGAACUAAGGUAUGUGGCGGUCAAUAUUGCACCUCCACCGGCGCUGUCAAAUGCCCGUAUUAUGAAAGACCCGUGCGACAAUCUAGCGUACUUAGAAAAGACCGACAAAGGAUUGAAAAUACCAAUACCAUCUGUGACUUGGGAUAAUGGUGGUGCUAUGAUGUUCCUGCCAUUGAGAAAACGAUCGCUCAUCUCUCUAAAUUCACUCACGUCUGCCAACGCCCUGCUCCAGUACUACGACGCUGCCAAACGCUGCGCAAAGACCGCCAGUGUUUCUGAUGAAGCGGACUUCGACAAACGAUUCGAGUCGUGGCUUAUUUACAAUGUUUUGCCUCAUUUGAAUGACGAAAAUCUAUACUACGGUUUAGAUAGUGUGCUCUGCUUAGUAAAUAAAACGCGUGAUGUGUGCGAUAAAAUAACAAGUCUGUACAUGCACACAAACAACACUCACUCGUUAAUUUCGAAUUGCUCCGGAAGUUUCGCCUCGAAAAAAGUUAUAUUUGUGACGAUAGUUCUGUUCCUGGAAAUAUGCUGGUGUAUCCCCGCUAUGUUUUACUUAAAGUGUUCGAGGAACAAAAAGAGAACACGAAGCAAAGAUAACUUUUUGAGCGUGUGCUUGUCAUACGACGAAAAGUCUGUCAACGGUGUAAGUGUCUUUGGCGAGGUCAGAACUAGAUCGAAACAUGGAAAGGAGGACCACGGUGUGAAAUUUCAGCAAAAAACACGACUCAAAAAUAAGCUUUCCGGCCCCCACCACGACCCCAUAGACAACAGUCCGGCACGUCUUACGAAAAGUGCCGGUCCGAGACUAGCGGCGGAACCAAUAUUGAAGUCUUCUUCAAGUAAAACCCAUCCUCAUACAGACAAACAAGUCAGUGGCGGCCUGCUUAAAAUAGAUCCAUACUGCGUAUCUGUUGCUAGCAUCAAUACCUCAUCUAGCAGAAAUAUAGCACAAAAAAGAAUUUGCAGUGCAGAUGAGAUACCCCCUGCCAAAACCAUUACCCUUUUCAAGAAUACGCACGACCAGCGAAAAGUUUGUAUUAGUGAAAGUCCCAAAGUUGAAGUGAAAAGAUCAAUGAUACUGCGUCAAAAAUCAAAGCAUGCAAAUAUAAAAGAAGUUCCGAUUGUGUUAAAAGAUUCAACACAAACUUCGUCCGUAAUAAAUACAAAAAUAACGAGAAUACUAGUGGCUAGAGAUGAAGAGGACGAUGAAAAAAUAGAAAAAUAUUAUGAUGCUCAUAAACAGAUCAAAACAGUAGAAAAAAACAGCCAAAGUGAAAGAAUAGCUAGUAAACCCAAAACUAUUAUAAUGUCACGUAAAGGAACAAAGUCGAAUGUGGAGAAACCCUAUUUUGGAAUAAAAAUUGACCCACAGGAGGCAGACAUGUCGAAUUUGGAAUGCAAUGAAAAACCUUUAUAUGCAACUAAACUAAGCAAAAAUCCUGGUGCGAGUCGUGGUGGUUCGAGAUUUUCUGCACGUGAAAUAAAAAUGAUACCAGACGACGAAGAGCCAACCAGACCAUCCAUCAAAGACACAUUAGUUAGUAAAAUACACGAGAACCGAAUCUGCUCUGUUAAAACUGAAACAAGACCGACUGACCACAAAUUAAAUAGCAGUAAUGAAAUUGGGGAAAAAGAGAUUAGUCUUUUAGAUACUAAAUCAUCUGAAAGUGAUAGCAAAUUGAAUUCUACAAUA